CUCCAUUUUGGCGCUGAAAACAGCCGCCAGAAAUUAUUUCUUUUCUCUAAAUUUUCCUCGGAUAAGCGUCCCUGGUUGGGACUCUUGAGGCGGUAUACGAGGGACAAGUGUUCCUUGUUCUUUCGAGUCUAUUUUUACUUCAUUUUUUCUACCUCCAAAACCUAUUUUUACUGCUACAAAAACACAAAAAUAGUCGUCGUAUUUUCCAUUAUGGCUGCUCAAUACUUGUAAAUUGUUAGCCAUGAUUUGUAUGUCAGAGUCAAACCAAGUCGUAUCUCCACUCGGAGUGAACGCCAGUUGGCUUUCCUUUAAUUUUCAAAGAGCUCAGUCGUAUUCUGAGCGUGUUUUCGUGAAUGAGCGAAGAGUUGAAGGGGCAAAUGGAGCGACGAACAGCACAACAAGGUGUUGUUCCCGCUUCGCCAUCAACGAGAAGUACUUCGGUGUCUGGUAAAGAAACAGUUAGAAGCAAGCAAUGGAGAGGACCCAGAAGGGGUCAAAUGGGUGGACAGUACCCAGACCAGGGUAACAGAUGGUACCCCAAACCUAGAAGUAGCAAUGAAAGGAGAAACCCUCAGCAGCAGUAUCGCAGGGCGACCCAGGACAAGAGGCCAAAUCCAAGGGCAGGGUAUCAGAAUGUUGACAAUAGAAACAACAACAUUGGUGAUAUUGACUUGGCAGUCGACCUCCAGUCAGCACAGGAAUCAUCAAGUUCAAAGAAGAACAGCAAUUCUUUGAAUUACCUGCUGAAUUUCAAGUAUGCUCCAAGAGAAAGAAUGAUUGAGCAGCGAGCAAGAUCCAAUAGUAAGAGACACAACAGCUUCAACAAGGAAAGAUUUCUUCAGGCAAAUUGUCAGUUUGUAGUAAGUGACUCCGCAGACUACACUGUUUAUGCUGUUGAACCAGAUAUUCUCGUGGAUUGGUCUCUCAUAGAACAAGUGCGGAUAUUCAGCCAUGAAGUCUCUUCCUGUCCCAUUUGUUUGUAUCCACCAACUGCAGCUAAGAUUACCCGCUGUGGACAUGUCUAUUGUUGGUCAUGCAUACUACACUAUUUAUCACUGAGUGAAAAGUCAUGGCACAAGUGUCCUAUUUGCUUUGAAUCCAUCAAUAAAAAGGAUUUAAAGAGUGUUAUUGCCAUGGAAAGCCAUUGUUUUGCUGUAGGACAGACAAUAACAAUGAGGCUUAUGAAGAAAAUGAAGAAUGCAACCUUGGUUCUACCUAAAUCUCAGUGGAAGGAGAGAGAGUUGAUACCAUUCAACAUAAAUGAUUCUGUUGACACCUGUUAUUCCAAACUCUUGUUGGCCUCACCUGAGGACGUCUUGCAACAGGUUAUAGAAAAAGAAGAAAGUGCCUUGUCCGUUCAGUACAUGGAGGCCAAGAUGGAACAGUCCUCAGAGCUGUGUUUUAUUGAAUCUGCCAACCUUGAACUGAAGGCAAGGAAAGAUGAGUUGACAAAGAGUAUGAAAUCUGUCGAAGAAGUAGUGGAAUCACUUGAAAAAGUUUCCCUACAUUCAUCUGAUGAAGACAGCAGUGGCAGCAAAGAAGAAGAAAAUCUGGGAUGGAAUGUUUACCUGCCAGCAAGCAACUGCAUUCAGGACGUUGGUGAAUAUGAAGCUGCAUUUUCUGAUGAUGAAGAUGUCAAGAGCAGUGAAGUCCAUGAUGCUGAUCAAAAAACAGACAAUCUUGUUGCUAAAGAUACAGUAGAAUGCAAUUCUGAUAUAAUUGAGCAAGCAAGUAAUGAGGCUGCUCAGGAAGCCUCCACUCUGACUGCUGUCAAAGAGGGUUGUGAAUCCACUAAUGAAACUGUUCAUGUGGCCUUGAAUGGUAAUAAGAAACCUUGGCAAGAAAAUCAGUAUUACUACUUCUACCAAGCUGAAGAUGGCCAAAAUAUCUUCUUACAUCCUAUUAAUGCAAGGUGCCUGAUCAAGGAGUAUGGUAGUCUUGAGAACUGUCCAGAGUACAUAUCAGCAAAGAUUCUAGAAAUGGAAGCGAUAACCCAGACUGAGGAAUCAAGGAAGCGUUAUCGUUACCUAAAACAUUUGCCAUUGACAUGUGAGUUUGUCAUCUGUGAACUAGAGAUUAAGCCUCCUCUGAUAUCAAGCAACACAUUGGAGUGCUUCAAAGGGGAAAUUCAAAAGAGGAAGCAACGAAGGCAAAGAAAAAUGAAAGUGGAAAAUCGAAGGGAGUCGAAGGUAGAUGCAAAAAUGGCAUCCAUUGAAGGAAGGCCAAGCCAACGCUCAACAGAAUCUCUCAAUCUGUCAAGUGAAGUAGAUUUCCCAACCCAGUCAUCACCUACUUUGACUAUGGUCAUGUCACCUCUUGCUCAUCGCCCAGGACCUUUUACUCAGCUUGCUGCUAGUGAAUCUUACCAUGAUGAUGAAAGUCUUGUAGAUGAGGCUGAGGGGAUUGCUUCACUAGAGUCCAAUGGUUUUUCACCACCAUCUUUUGCUCAGGCACUGAGGACAGGUAAGAUAGUAGAGUCCAGCAAACCAGUCAGAAGACAAGUACAGGAUGCAGCUCCUGCAAAGCCUAAAGGAGAAGGAUUAGCAGAUAAUGAUAGUGAUGAGGACUAUCUACCACCUCCUACAUAUCAGUCUACCUUCUCUGAUGCCUUGUCUAUUGCUAUCAGUCGAGGACUUGAGCAACAUCAAGCACAAGAGGCCAGACAAGCAGGUGCCAGUGUUGGUACAGGGAAGCGUCAGAAGAAAUCUAAGAAGAAGCUUCUUUUUACAACAGGGCACAUGAAAUUCAACUAAAAUGUUCAUACUUUAAUUUGUUUUAUCAGCCAACAUUAAAACACUAAAAAAAAAGAAAGGGUAGUAGAGCAGAGAAAUGAAACACAGUGAGAAGGGUGUAGUAGACCCUAAAUGAUUUACAUAAAACAAAAGUCACAUCUACUAUCAAAGUUGCUAAUAAAGUAAUACUCUCAUAGCCUAGAUGAAAAUGGUCAGAUAUGCAGCAUGAUAGGUUUUAGGUAGGCUGGAGUAACAGUAAAGGUACAGACACACGGUGCAACAUUGCACGCAAUGUGCAUGCAAUUGAUGUUGCGAACCAUGACACACGACAUAAUUUGUUGCACGCAACGUUGCUGAAGUAGAAAACUAUCCUAUUUCAGCAACAUUGCCUGCAACAUUGCAUGUAAUGUUGCACCAUGUGUCUGUGCCUUUAGAGGUAGGGAGUUCAAGGUUAAGUUAGGUAAGUAUGUACUUAAAAUAUAAGACAGGCAGACAGGAAGUUAGUUAGAUUGUAGUAUAGCUUUAGAUAGGCAAGGUAGGUAGGCUAAUCUGAUCCACAGGAUUACAUUAUCUCAGCCAGGCAUGAAAGCCAUGCAUAGGAACACAGUAUACCUUCAGUCCAAAAUAGGCUCUUUUUUACACAACAAAUAUUUCAACCCCAAACAACUCAAUCUCCUAAGUUUCAGGUUCUCUGCUCUAUUAGCAUGUGUAGGUUUUAAUGGUAUUUGGUUCGUUAGAAAACAGUAGUGCAUGUGCAUCAUGUACCAGUGUGAUUUUGUGGUAAUUGACUUUAUAUACCAUUUGAAUAUUAAAUUGAAUUGGCUGUAACAUUAGUGAUGUUAAUAAAAAACUCUCAACAGUCACCUUUUAGUGACUUUA